UGUCAUGUUCUCAUGCAACAACUCCUUCCACUUGCAAUUCGAGGAGUUCUAUAGAAGAAUGUUUGUGCUGUUAUAGUUGAACUAUGUAGUUUCUUCAAACAGUUGUGUUCUAAAGUGUUAAAGACUGAUCAAUUAGAGCACCUUGAGAAUGACAUAAUAGUCACACUUUGCAAAUUAGAAAGAAUAUUUCCUCCAUCAUUCUUUGAUGUUAUGGUGCAUUUACCUAUUCAUCUUGCAAGUGAGGCAAAGGUAGCUGGACCAGUGCAAUAUCGAUGGAUGUAUCCUAUCGAGCGGUAUUUACGUACAUUAAAGUCUUAUGUCCGUAAUAAGAGUCGUCCAGAAGGUUCUAUUGCAGAGAAGUACAUAGCAGAAGAAUGUACAACCUUUUGUUCAAGAUAUUUGCAUGAUGUUGAAAUGAAGCAUGACCAUGAAGAAAGAAAUUAUGUCAUUGAAAAUAACAUAACAAAUGGUGGAGGGUUAACCAUUUUCAAAUGCAUGGGACGUACAAUAGGAAAGUCAACAUCUCGUGUUCUUAGCACAGAAGAAUGGUCCCAAGCACAUUUAUAUGUGUUGACUAAUUGUGAGGAAGUGACGUCAUUUAUUGAAGAGCAUAAGCAAUCUAUAAGGGUUAAGCCUCGUAUUCAUGCACGAGAUGUAGAUUUGAUUCACACCAAAGAAUUCAUUAGUUGGUUUGAAGAACAUAUUAUACAAAUGCGACAUGAAGGUCCAAUUUUUGAACACAUACUAUCAUUGUCUCGUGGACCAAAUGAACCAUUUGUGCUUGCAUCUCAAGCAAAACAAGUCUUCUAUGUUCAAAAUUCAAAUGAGGAAAAUUGGCACACCGUUGUAGAGAUACAAACUCGAGGGGUUUAUGAUAUGAAUCAGAAAGUACCUACUAAUGAUCCAGAGCCAUAUCAACAGCUUAUAACACUUCAUAGUCAACGUGAUGUGCAUGAGUUGGUUGAGAAUGAUUUAAUCAAUUGGGAUAGAAAUGAUAUUGCAGGAGAAACUAUCCAAACGGAUGUUCUACUAUCACGACAAGAAAACAUUGUUGAAAGAGAUAAUGAAUUCAUUCAUGAUGAUGAUAUAGAUGAUGUGUAG